AUGCCUUCUGAAGAUUCCUCCCCCUCCCACAUCCACAUCCUCACCCUCAACUGCUGGGGUCUCAAGUACAUCUCUAAAUACCGCCAUGAACGUCUGUCGGAAAUCGGUCGCCAGCUGGCCCUGGCAGAUCCUCCACCAGAGAUCGUGGGCCUGCAGGAGUGCUGGACACAACAGGAUUACGAGAGCAUCCAUGACCAGACCCGACACCUCCUUCCAUACGGCAAGUUCUACUUUGGCGGCAUCUGGGGCGCCGGGCUGGCCAUUCUCUCGCGAUGGCCCAUUGAGGAAAGCAGCAUGUUCGCCUACCCACUGAAUGGCCGCCCAACCGCUUUCUUCCGCGGCGACUGGUACGUCGGCAAGGGUGUGGCAUGUGCGCGGGUGCGGUUUGGCCCACAACGGACGGACGUCGCCGAGGUCUUCUGCACGCACCUGCACGCCCCCUACGAGCGCGAGCCCCACGACUCGUACCUCUGCCAUCGCACCGCCCAGGCCUGGGAGAUUGCCAAGCUGAUGCGCGGCGCUGCCGAGCGCGGCCACCUGGUGAUCGGUCUAGGCGAUUUCAACAUGCUGCCGUCCUCGUUCGCCCACAAGCUCAUAUGUGCCCACAGCCCCGUCCGCGACGUGUGGCAGGUCCUGCAUCCGGACUCGUCCGUGGGCGCCGCCAUCGACCCGGUUGAGCAGAAGCGCAACCGGCCCGCGCCCACAGCUGAGUUCAACAUCCAGGAGAACGGCACCACCUGCGACAGCAAAUUCAACACCUGGCGCUGGCCCGAGACGGACCGCAAGCAACUGGAAAAGGGCCACGAUGUCAUCGUCGACAAGGACAGCCCCGAUCCGCGGGGGAAGCGGCUGGAUUACAUAUUUGUGGGCGACGGCGAGGGCGCGGCACGCUGGUCGGUCGAGUCUGUUGGUGUUGGCAUGAUGCAGCGGCAUCCGCAGCUGCGGUGCUCGCUCAGUGACCACUUCGCCGUCGAGGCGGUCAUCACGCGGAAUGCUACCUCCUCCUCAGCCGAAGCAGCAGCAGGAUCCGGAUCCUCCCCCACGGGGCUCUCCCCCGAGACCUACGACCACAUUCUCGAGAUGAUCCGAGUCUACGAUCUACGAGAACGGUUGCAACGGCGCUGGCGGGUGGCCCAUUUCUUGGCGGCGGUGCUGGUGUCAAUCGGGUGCUUUGUGGGCGUCUGGUGGACGGGAGAUCAUCUACCCUACGUAGCGUUCAUCCUGGUGGUGGUGAGCACGCUGAGCUUCGGGGCGGGGAUCCUGGACGGAUUGAUCGGGGGAUUGUUCAUGUCGAGCGAGAUCCGAGCACUGAAGGAGUUCCGAUGGGAGGUGCAUAAUGCGCGGCGACGGGCCGAGCCGGCGAAGUCGGAGUGA